CCUUUGCGGAGGUAAGCCGGCAGUAUUGGCACGUUUCGCUUAUCUCGUAACGUGGACUACGCGAGGGUCGACGUAUUAUAAUUAUAAAGUUCGGCAGUGAUCGAAGCGAUUUUAAGUUGAGGAAGUUUGCAUUGUUUAUUAUCGCUAUAAAACGUGAUAAUCUGCGAGUGCGUCAGUUCGGGGCGCCGGCCGAGUGCCAGUGAGAUCGUGCCCCUGCCGUGACUACCGCGCGUUAUCCUAGUGGUACAACACUCGCGUUGAUCAAUAAGGAACAAUGAAUCGCGGUUGGUAGGCGGACAUCUGAUCCAAUCGUUGCGGGAUCCCGUCACGAACUCGCGACGCCUUUGGCCUUUCGCCAGCGCGAGAUCCUCUGUGAAUUAGAAAUGCCACUGUCGCGAUUCAAAUUUCCACCGGAGAGCUAUUCGGCCAUUUACACCAGCGACAUAACGAGUGCGAAUGUGGUGAACUCGAAGCAAGCAAGUACACCCGAUGGUCAAGUUUCACCGGUAUCAAAUGUCAACGCGUCACUUUUUAGCUGCUUUCAAUGCGCUUUUCACAACAGCAUCAAAGGAAUUCCGAAAGAAAAGCAUGCGAGAAAACCGAAAGUUGCUGCUGGCAAGGAUGAGGAUCGUUGGCGCGGUAAGAACGAGGGGGCCUUGUUCAAACGUUGGAAGCGCGCCACAUCCUCGGUGGAGACCAGGUCUCCUGCCGUCCCUGCACCAACCGUACCUACGUCGCAACCCUCCGACUUGCUUAAAUUCUUAGCAAUUAACGCAUUAGAGCUCUCAGCACCAGCAUCUGACGCUCUACUCAAGUCACGAUCGUCAGAAUGGUUCCAGCUGUCUGGACAUCCAGGCUCCUUGGCACCUGCAGGUCCCGGCACUGUCUGGAAGCGCCGUGCAGCUGGCGACCAUCCCGCGCACAACCCAGAACGCGAUGCAUACGAGGCUCUUGCAGCCUGCCCCCACAUGCGCUCUGCCAUUCCUCGCUACUACAGGGAGUUGGAAUACGGUGGCGAGAAUUUCAUUGAACUACAGGAUCUGCUGCAUGGUUUCCGAGACCCACACGUUAUGGAUGUGAAAAUGGGAACUCGAACGUUUUUAGAAGACGAAGUCAGCAAUGCUCGCGCCAGACCCGACCUUUACGAGAAAAUGGUUCGGCUGGACCCUAACGCUCCCACCGAAGCUGAGCAUGCAGCACGCGCUGUUACCAAGCUACGUUACAUGCAAUUUCGAGAACAGUGCUCGUCUUCAGCAGAGCAAGGAUUCCGCAUCGAAGCUGUAAAACUCCCCGGACAACCACCGCUCACAGACCUCCAGAAAGUACGAGAACCAAAAAAACUGACGGCUACAGUAGCUCGCUUUCUUGGUAAUGAUGAGAGCGUCCGUCUCGCUAUUUCUACUCGGCUCCGCGAAAUCAAGAACAUGUUUGAAAAGUCAGAUUUCUUCAGGAAACAUGAAAUAGUGGGAAGUAGCAUUUUUAUCAUCUACGAUGAUGAACGUGUUGGUGCCUGGCUCAUCGAUUUUGGAAAGACUCGACGCGUGCCAGAUGAUAUUACCAUAACGCAUCGGGAGCCUUGGCAACAGGGCAACCAUGAGGAAGGCUUCUUAUACGGAUUAGAUAGGCUAAUAAAUACAAUUGAAACAGCAAAGCUUUCUGAAGCAACGACUGAACCGGAUGUUUCCCGUUGAACAAUCGGCGAGAGGAAGCUGGACUCGCCCCGCGGUUACUGCACCGUUCGCUUGGCCUUAGUGCCCCAAUGCCCCUCCUGGCGCCGAGUUGAGGCCCGGAGAUGUACAGAAAUACUACGUUUUGUGUUUGUCCAUAUGAAAGAGAAUGCGAUUUUCACCCAAUCAUUUGAUCUAGUCCCUAUUAUAUACUAUUUUUUAUAAUUUGA